AUGUACACGACACCCUGCUCCUUUUCCGCAGGCUUCCAGGAUGCAAGCGGCAUGUGGCAGGACGUGUACGAGUACGACGGCCUCGAGAGUAACAUGGCCAGGAUAUGGGAACAGCUGUUGCCGCUCUACCAGGAGCUGCACGCGUACGUACGCACCAAGCUGAGAGCCAUCUACGGCGCGGACAAGAUAUACGAAGAUGGACCCAUACCGGCGCACGUGCUCGGUCACAUCCACUCUCAAGACUGGAGUGCCUUAACCGAAAUGACCCGACCAUACCCAAACAAACAGGCUGUUGAUGUCACGAAUGCCAUGAAGGAACG